AUGGGCCUCCUGGGGUCGUCCGUCAUCGUCGCUUCACUCAUCUACGUCGCCGUCUGCCGCCCCGAGUGGCUGCUGUUGCCGAUGCUGCGAUGGCUCGGCUUCGGAGGGGCCAGUCCCCAGGCCGAGGAGGCUGUUCAUGAAAAGGAGAAGAGGGAGGAGACACAACCAGACAACGACACGGCGCCGAGGAUACGCAACGAUGCAAAGGCGAGCAACGGCAGUGCGCUCCUGCAGUCGGGCGCCGCGUCGGCCGCGGGCAUAGCCCGGCGCGACAUGCUGGCCAUGCCGCCUCCGCCACCUCCUCCAACGAUCCAGCCGCCGACGGUGGACGAGCCCGAGAGCCCGACGACGCCCAAAGCUUCUGCGAGUCGUCCCUCGCAGCCCAUACCGACCUUGACCCUUUCCGACGAGCCCUCCGCCGCGCCAGCGCCUUCAGGCCUCAUGCCCCCUCCUCCCCGCCCAUCGCGACCCUCGCCCUCCGGCCGCGUCCCGACUCUCCCCCAGUUUCCAGCUCCCAACUCGGCCCAGCGCGCCCGCGGUCCCGUUCCCAACCGCGGCCCUCCAUCGCUGUCCCCCGGCGGCCUCGCCCCUCCGCCGACACACUCCUCCAAGCCGCAGAAGCCGUCGCGCAAGAUCAUCCUCGACCCGGGCCACUCGCCGCUCGACUGGGCGCGCAUCUCGGGACCCAACGCCGACCUCCGUGGCCUAGAUUCCUCCACGCCGUACUUGCGCGUUACGCCGUCCAUGCUCAAGCGCCAGACGGGCCGCAAGGGCAAGGAUGCGUGGAUGGCCAUCAACGGAAAGGUCUACAACGUCACUCCGUACGCAAAGUUUCACCCAGGCGGCGUGCCGGAGCUGAUGCGCGGGGCGGGCCGUGACGGCACCAAGCUGUUUGGCGAGAUUCACCCCUGGGUGAAUUACGAGACGAUGCUGUCGGCCUGCUUGGUUGGGCUGCUCGUGGAGGAGCCGGAGCCUGGUAAAGAAGAGAGCGAGAUGGACAAGAUGGAUUAG